UCCUUGCUCCUGACCUUCGUCUCCUUCCUCGAACGAACUUCACCCCCCUCACUCGACGCCAUGUCUCUCCCGCAGCCCGUUCCCCCGUCGUGGAAGGACCUCGGCAAGUCCGCCAACGACCUCCUCAGCAAGGACUACCCCUUCAACGUCCAGGCGCUCGAGGUCAAGACCAAGACCGCGAAUGGCGUCCAGUUCCGCGUAGCGGGCUCCCAGGCUGCUGCCCCGGGCCCGAUCAACGGCGAGCUCGAGGGAAAGUACACGGACAAGGCCCACGGCCUCACCCUCACGCAGGCGUGGACUACCAGCAACCUUCUCCGCACUCAGAUUGAGCUCGAGAACCUUGUCGCGAAGGGCUUGAAGCUCGACGCCAUCACCUCCCUCAUGCCGGACAAGGGCACCAAGUCCGCGACCCUUAACGCCGUCUACAAGCAGAGCGGCGUCCACACCCGCGCUGCUCUCGAUGUCUUCAAGGGCCCGACCGUCACCGCGGACACCGUUGUCGGACGCGACGGCUUCCUCGUCGGCGCCGAGACCUCGUACAACGUCACGGACGGCACGAUCGCCAAGUGGUCCGCCGCGCUCGGCUACACGGACACCAACUACGCCGUCACGCUCCACGGCCUGAACAAGUUCAACACCUUCCACGCGUCCUACUACCACCGCGUCUCCAAGGACGUCGAGGCCGGCGCCAAGGCCGUCUACGACACGAAGGCGACCCAGGGCGGCGUCGCGCUCGAGGUCGGCACGAAGACCUACCUCGACGACGCGGCGUUCGUCAAGGCGAAGAUCAACAACCAGGGCGUCGUCGCGCUCGGCUACACGCAGGCGCUGCGCCCGGGCGUCAAGGCCGCCUUCGGCCUCGCGCUCGACACCACGAAGCUCUCCGGCGCCGUCGACGGCUCGCCCUCGCACAAGGUCGGCUUCCAGUUCACCUUCGACGCGUGAAGGGGUGGCGGACGUGUGGUGGGGGAUGGCUCGCGCGCGCCGCCGCGUGCGUGGCUUGUCCGUCCUGUGCAGCGGGAGGAGAUGACGGGCUACCGGAUCUCCGUUCGCUGGGUGGACGGGUACGUGGGCGUCGGGUGCGCGUGUGGGUGGGAGGCGGGGUAGUGCAGAUAUGUACGGAGAAUGAAAAUGGUCUGUUCCUCGGAUGUC